CUCCAUGGAACGAACAGGCAAUGCAUGCUCGGUGAAGACGAUGACGCAGUGACUCCUUGCCAUUCGGAUCAGUGUUUUCUGUGUUGCAUUCUACGGGACUCAUUUGAUGUAGCACAGAGCGGUACUGACGCCUCCUUUCCGCACAGAUUCGGCCAUGGAAUCUAUCUAACCCCGUGUCUUCGAGUCAAGGCCCACGACUACGUCGACAAUCAUCUACCACCUGAUGUACCCGAAGCUCCAAAAGUCAUGAUACUGGCUCGCGUAGUCCUGGGCAGACCGAUCGCCCUAACUACCAACGGGUACUACCUGCAGUCGCCGCCGGGUGGCUAUGAUUCGGUCAUCGGUAGACCUGGAGUCCACCCCGAUAUGAACUAUGAAGAAACGGUCGUAUAUAAUAAUGACGCGGUUCGGCCAGCAUAUCUCAUCGUGUAC